AUGCCUUCUCUCUCAUUCUUCAAAGUGUCUCGCAAAACAAAAAGAUCAUCCAUGGAUAGCCGCUCCUCCGUCGACUUACGGUCUUCUGUCGAUGUUCCCCGUCCGUCCAUGUCCAGCCAGGGCUCUUCGCAGUCAUACCUUGUGUCACUGCCAACACAACCCAUGCAGAUUCCCCAAGUAAGAUUUGCAUCGGCAGAGUACCUCUCAUGUAGACCCACUGCUGAGAUGCUGGACGACGAUAAUAUGGCCUGGGGUUCUCGGCGGAAGUGGAGGCGGUAG